AUGACUCUUACUUUCGACGCCGCUGCUGCUCAAGUCAAGACCCUCAAGACGUCUCCAUCCAACGAUGAGCUUCUCAAGUUGUACGCUCUCUUCAAGCAAGGAACCGUCGGCGACAACACCACCGACAAGCCAGGCAUGUUCGAUUUGAAGGGAAAGGCCAAGUGGUCGGCGUGGGACGAGCAGAAGGGAACGUCCAAGGAAGCCGCACAGGCCGCCUACAUCAAGCUCGUUGAGGAGCUUACCGGAAAGUACGGAGUCUAA